GACUGGUGUGCGUGAGGCGACGGUUGCGGCAGGUCAUGUCUGGCCGCCCCUGAGCGGCCGGCGGCGGACCCGGCGCGGGUGGCCAACCUGGCGCAGUGCGCGGCGGCUCGCCCAUGUUUCUCACGCGCAAGUGUCAGGGUCAGGCGAUUUCCAAGAGUCGCUCGGUGGGCUCCAUCAGCCAAGAGGGCGAAGAAUCGCCCGUCAACGCCUCCGAACACCUCGAUGAGGAGCAACAUGACACCAUCAGGACAAGUGCGGUGCGACACUGCCGGCAGAGGCUGGGUUUUCUCCGGAGGCGCCGCAGUGAUAACAGCAUUUCGGUCCGGCCGGACCGGGCGCAGGCCCAGCAGUGGGCUGCCUCCUUCGUCAACCUGGUCAACUCUAAAUAUGGGGUUGCCCUAUUCAGAGCGUUCCUGUCACAGGAGUUUGCCGAUGAAAAUCUCGAGUUCUGGUUGGCCGUCGAGGACUUCAAGAAGACCAGACACUCGAAGAUGGCUGCCAAAGCUCUGCAGAUCUACAAUGAAUUCCUCGUCACGCAAGCCCCCCGAGAGAUAAACGUGGACUCUGCCACACGGACGGCGAUCCAGAGCGGUCUGAGCGCGCCCGACGCUCACCUGUUCGACGCGGCGCAGCGGCGCGUGCAGCACCUGAUGGAGAGCGACAUCUUCCCCCGGUUCCUGCAGUCGCCCAUGUACCAGGAGCUGCUGCGAGACGAACAGGGCAAGAGCCGGGCGCGCCGGUAGCCGGGGCCGCCGCACGGCGCCACUCGAGGCUGUGAGGGGCGGCCGAGCGCCGGCCGACCCCGACACGGGAGCACAUAUCACCAGCGCGGCGGGCCGGACGCGGCUGCACACAGAGCGACGAUGGCGCCCCCGCGGUGGUUUCUCGGCGCGCCGCCAGGUGGCGCGCCGCUCGAGACCGCGCGGGCGCGCCUCCCAUUCGCCGCCGCUCGGCGGCCUGUACAAAACGGAGGCUGUCCCCGGUGUCCGGGCGCCGAACUUCCAGGGGCGAGCGGCGCCUCGCGACCGACCACAGGGACCGCCACUGUAUCAUACUGGUGUGAGCACGUCGCGCUCUUCACACGCGUUUUAGCGAGUAGCUCGUGUAGUAAUUUAUUUCAGAGAAUGUAGCAUUUGUGAUCAGACAUGCAUGUGUAAUUCAGUGGUGUGCUUUGCUGUGUAGUGUCUCUGGACUUUGCUCUGACUGUCUUAGUCGAUUUGUGAUGGACUAUAUUAUUUGAAUUUUGUCGUCAAAGACAGAAUGCCAGGAUUUGCUUUUGGUGUGUGAGAUAGCUAGUUCGGUGACACAGAGCUUUAGCCAGUGAUCGUUCGGAGAUUGGCCUCACCGCAGGCAACAUGCCGACGAGCGAACAAGUGUUUAUGUGUGAGUGUCGUGGUGGAACGCUUUACCCUUCUCUCUGUGAGGAAGCAGAUGAGCACAGUAGAUCUCGCCUGUGUGUAUGUCUUCUGACGAAUUUUGCUUCGCGGCUUUUCCCAUUAUCAGAAUGAGAGCGAACAGUCAAUGCGUGCGGGAUUAGCGGCAGGUGUUGAGAGUUGAGACUGUUCAUGUGUUUAGAUAGUUCAUAGACCCUGAAUGCCCAUUUUGUCGUGUUGAAAUGUGUUGGAUCUGAUAUUAUGCGACCAAAUACAGGCGAAUUCAAUUGU